AUGGAAGGCUCGUCUUCUCUGGCGGGGGCGACUUUGGUGGUUGUCGGCAUGUUUGUGCCGUACAUCUUUGCGGGUCUUGCACAACGACGUCUCUACGACAAACCGCCUUCUGCAACUGCCUCCUCUCCUCGGUGCGCUGAAGCAACUCUCUCCUCUGCUCUCUCCUCUGCUCUCUCGCCUCCGUCUUCUUCUCUGUCUCUCUCUGCUUCUGACGUUCUUUCCUACGCGGCAGGGGGGCAUCCGUCGACACGUCAGGCGGCGCACAGGGAGGAAUGCUUGCUGUCUCUGUCUCCAAGGCUCGACGAGAAGAAUGAAUCAUUUCGCUACACAUUCACCGUACUUGCACUGAACUGCGCCGUCUCUGCCUUCGUCGCCUUCCUCGCGCUUCUGCUCCUUGAUCUCUGGAAGCGGGAGGAUCGACAACGUCAGCGCGAGAGCGACAUCGACGAAAGAGCUUUCGAGAGAACCCAAACAGCUGUAGAGAGGGAGCGAAUGGCCUGCAUGAUUGACGAAGGCGCCUUCGUGAUUAUCAAAGAAGCUCUCGCGAUUGACAAAGAAGCUCUCGCGAUUGACAAUGGAGCUCUCGUGGUAGGCAGCAAAGCUUUUGUGGUGGACGGCUUCAAAGAAGAAGGCGAGAAGACAGAUGCAGGCUGUCGGAGUCAGCGAGGAAGAGAUGAAGAGACGGGAGAGACGAGAGAGAGCGAAGAAGGUCUCAAGAGAGAGACGUCUUUCAAGAACGAUUUAUGUGCUACAAGCGCCCCUUUGUCUUCCUGGGACUCGGCGCCAGUCGUGGUGGUGGGGAAAGAAGACGAAGAGGCGACGCUCGCAUCACCGUUUCCGUCGUUGGCCGUCAAGCAGAGAGAAGUGGAAUUCGCACCAAAGAGACAUCACGGGUCUCGUCUUCUUCCAGCGAGUCUCCGACAGGGAAAAGGAGAAGACGCGGACGCGGAAAAUGCAGCCAUUCGACGCGAGUUGCUUCUCGUCUCUCUCGGCACAUUUGCCGCGAAAGCCGCGAGUUUCCACUCUCUCACUGUCGUUGACUUCGCUACCCUCGCAGUCUCCAAGUGCGCCAAGCCGGUGGGGGUUUUGAUUUUGAAUGGCUUGCUCGGGCGCCGCGUGAGUCGCAAGGAAGUGGCGGGCGUCCUGUGGAUGGCCGUCUGGGUCUACGUAUUCAACGCGUCAUGCGCCUCCGACAAGAACCGAGCGAGCGCAAGCGGGGCCUCUGAUGCAGGCGUGAGAGAGCGCAUUAUCGGAAAUCUCGUGCUUCUCGCCAGCCUCACUCUCGACUCAUUCUCAGUCUCCAGGCAAGAUCACGUCCUCCUGCGACGCCACCGCCUCUGUCCGUACACCCUGAUGCUCGUGAGCAGCGUGUACGGUCUGCUGUUCUCCCUUGUUUUGUGUGUUUCGUUUGAGGGUGCUGCUGGACUGCGGUAUUUCCUGGGAUCCGUGUUCGCCGACUCCGGAGCCUCGAGUCUGGAGUCGGCCAGCUUCCUGUCUCCGCGGACGUCGCCGUCGCCAGUCUCGGAAUCUCCGCGUCUCAGCUCCACCGCCUUCCACCCGCACCCCGACAGCGCCCCUGACGCUGGGGCGCUCGGAGACAGCUUCUUUUUCCUGUCUCUCGUGUCGCUUUCGCCGCUUGCAUGCAGUGUGGUUGUCGCGGUCGGCGGCGCCGUCGCGCAGCUCUGUGGGAGUAAAUGCAUGCAACUGGUCGGUGCAGUCUGCUCCUCAAUCCUCACCACUCUGCGCCGCGUCGCCCUCGUCUUUGUCGCCUUGCUUCUCCAGAGCGAGCCGGUGCCUUGGCUAGCGAGCCUCGCUGUCGCCAACAUCUGCCUGGCUGGGAUUGUCAGACUCCUGUCUUCCUUGCGCGGACGAAAGAAGAUUCGUUCGCCUCUGCCGUCGCCGUCCUCACCUCGGUCUCCCUCGGCCCUCGAGGCUACCCAACGGCGCUUCUCUGAACGCACGCACAUCCCGUCUCAGGCGUUUUCUUCGCCGUCUCGACCGGGUGCUUCUCCCGCUGGGGGGAUUUCAGAUUUCCACGGCGAAGCGUCUUCUCCGUGCUCUUCGCUCACGCUCUCUCCGUCAGUGUCUCCUCGCCCUUUGUGGGUGUCUGCUUCGUGCCUCCAAGAGAGUCGCCGCGGCUGGACUGAAAGCUUGCAGAAUGCGCGACGCGUGGCUCCGUCUCUGGCCGGGUUUGCGACGCAAGCGGAAGAGGACUGGAGAGCCGAGGGCGUUGCCAGUGAGGAGACGCUGCAGUGUUCUUUCUCGUUCGUCUCUCAGCUUCCAUCGCUCUCCGCUUCGCCUGCUUCGACCUGCGAUAAAAUGCGCCAAGAAGACAGCCCCGCACUCGGACUUACUGUAUCCACAGUCGCCAACAGUGAAGACGGAGACGACGAGAAGGGGAAACGCAGUGAGUAG